AUGUGUCUGUUGUUCUUGUUACUCCCGGCUAUUGUAUUCAAUGCCGCAAAUGGUGGGAGAUCUGCACAAGCUAGAGCUGACAGAGUCGUGAAUUUGCCACGGGUCUCUUUCCAAACAAAUUUUCAGCAAUUUGCUGGCUACUUGAAUUCAAGUGAUGGAACAGCGUCGUACAGAUUGCAUUACUGGUACAUCGAGUCUCAAAGUAAUCCAGCUACAGACGCCUUGAUAUUAUAUAUCAGUGGUAGGCAAUGUAGUUCGGCACAUGCAAUGGUAAUGAAUAUUGGACCGUUUCGUUCUUUUGGUGAAAGGAAACCACUGUAUGAAAAUGUUUUUUCUUGGAACAAGAUAGCAAAUCUUCUGGUGAUUGAUCCUCCAGGCGUGGGGUAUUCGUCUAAUUCGAAGAACUUAUUAGACGACAAAAAGAUCGCAACGGUCAUGACAAAUGCUUUAACCAGCUUUCUCGCAGUAUACCCUGAAAGAGCUAACAAUACAAUUUACCUGGUCGGAGAAGGUUACGCUUCCGUCUAUGUAACGAAAAUUGCGCGGAACAUUCUUCAACAGCUGGAAUUAAACCAAGCACAGAUGAAUUUGCAGGGGAUACUGCUUGGAAACGGAUUGCUUAGCGAAGAGAUCGAAUUUAACACCAUUAUACCAUUCGUUUACAUGCAUGCAUUUGCUGGCAAAGAUCAGUGGAACGAUCUACGUUCUUCGUGCUGUCCUGAGCAGUCUACGAUGAUGUGCAACUUCUACAAUAAUCCGAAUACGACAUGCCGAGAGAAAGCACGAGUGGCCGUUAAAGCUUGGCUCGCAAAUCAAACAAAUCAGAUGGAUGUGUACCAGGACUGUUAUCAUCAGCACCGAGAUCUUUGGGACAAGAAGGCUACAUUGUUGAUGCAGUCAGAUCAUGCAUCAUCAGACCCUUGGAACGGCUACCCUUGCCACGCUUUAGAUUCUACUCGAAUGUACUUAGAAAAUGACACUGUACAGAAUGCUCUGCAUGCUAAUGUCAAAUUCACAACGUGCGCGCAAUUCAACCACAAUAUUUUGGCGACAGAUCUAACUAAUGAUUUGCUGGGCGUGCUGAACAGUGACUUUUAUACAAUACAUAAUAUCUCAAUACUGUUCUACAACGGAGAUCUGGCUAUAAGAAGAAAUUUUUUGAGCGCACAGAAUUUUGUUCGCAAUUUGAGUGCUAUCGCGGUUUACAAUGUUACUGUAGAAGGUGCAUGGUGGUUCAACUACUAUCGUGGAAUAUACGAUAACACUUACGGUGGACUGCGUACUCUGUACAGUAAAAAUUUAGCUGUGAUCUCCAUUCGGCUUUAUAAGGUGAUGUACAGCUUCACCAUGUUUGGUUGCGCUUUAUUGGUAAGGGAGUCAAGUGAAACUUCAGGCACUUGUCAAAAUCAGCUAUAUCAGGGCACCGGCCAUGCUCCAUCUACGGAUCGCCCUGCACAAACUCUUCAGAUGUCCGUCAACUUCUUAAGGAACAACCAUGAUGAUUACAGCACACCUAUUCUUAGAGGAUCUGAUCUUAUUGUCUCGAUGCCGGGUUUGAGGUGGAGCUUACCAUUCAAGCAAUACUCAGGAUUUCUCAGAGGAUCUAACACCCAUAUGCUGCAUUAUUGGCUCGUGGAAUCAGAGAACGAUCCAGCUAAAGCACCCUUACUUCUGUGGCUCAAUGGUGGACCCGGUGCCAGCUCUCUUUUCGGCUUAUUCGAUAAUGGGCCAUUCAGAAUAGGGAAGGACGGCUUCACAAUUACGAGAGUGGGCUACUCGUAUUCAACGGAUGGCGUGUUGCCGCAAUAUACAGAUGAAGUGACCGCGGCGGAAAACUAUGCAGCGUUAAUAGACUUCUUCAACCUCUAUCCAGAGUAUCGUACCAGACCUUUCUAUGCUACUGGUGAAUCCUACGCUGGGAUGUAUAUUCCAGCCCUCUCGGUACUACUAAUCCAGGGUAUACAAAACGGAACGCUCAGCAUAAAUUACAGGGGCAUGGCUAUAGGAAAUGGGCUGCUAAGCAAACAAAAUGUGAUGGAUUUUUCAAUCCACCUUUUGUACUACCAUGGAUAUUUGACCCAGGAGAUCUACAAUAUACUUGUGUCGCUUUGCUGUGGAAAUGUUACGGAUGAGUUGAACUGUCGCCUUCGUCCACGUUUUGCAUAUGGGAAGUUAGCCUCGAGCAAUGGUUCAGACAAUCAGUGCCAUGUUUUUGUUGAGCUAGUAUACAAAUUUAUGAUUGGUGGAUCUACUAUUUACAACCUUAACCAGCAAUGCUACACGCAAAAAACCAGUAAUCAAACCGCUCCUGUUGGUGACACCUGGACUGGGAACAACUACGACUCUUCCGAUCCGUAUAUGGGCUACUACUGCUACAAAAACGCAUCACUUACUACUUAUAUGAAUCUUGAUUCUGUGAGAAGUGCUCUAAAUAUUCCAACGAUUGCUGCGGCGUGGGUAAGUAACAGUGAAAACAUCUAUUCCACCUACAAUCGAAGUACUACUGUUGAGCCGUUAUUGACUUACAUGAUCAACAGCUCCUAUUAUGACACCAGCAACUUCUCAAUAUUGCUCUAUUAUGGAGAUGUAGACACAGUAUGCGACUGGAUGGAUGCUGAGUGGUUAACCAUGCACUAUUUUACAGAUAGCAUAGGCUUUAGCUUACCAGCACGGGAACCAUGGUUCUAUCAAAGCGGACCGCUCCAUCAUCCAACUCUGGCUGGGUUUGCACGAAGGUACUCGAAGAAUAUCGAUGUAUUGACGGUGAAAGGAGCUGGCCACUUUGUACCACUAGAUCGACCCAUGCAAACUCUUCAAAUGAUUUACAACUGGGUCAAUGGAGCCGACUACAGCGCUCCAUGCGAUAUCAUUCAAACAACCAACAAUAUGACCAUCGACGUACGACAUAACACCAAGCCUGAAUCCAACACUGCUAGUACUCCCGUGGUAGACAAUACGGCUGCAAUUAACGGCGACUCCGCUUUAUUGAUGUGA